CGCGCGCCGGGCUAAAGCAUUUGGCGGGUUUUUCCCGGCUGUGCUUCUCACCCACAAGCUAAGCAGUAAUUCGGAAGCAAGUUUUCUCUCCGGAAGGAGUUUUCUCUUUUGUUGACGUAUUUCUCUGUGACCGGGUGGUUGAGCUCUUCUGAGGGCUUGGUCCAGUUGUCUCUCGUGGCGCGUCCCUCUCAUCUUCCCCCCCUAAAGCGAAAGGAGAAGCCUCUGCUGAGCAGACUGGAGCUGAGGUCGGAGCCCGGCCCCUCCCGGGUCACUAUGGCUGUGUCCACCCAGCAGCUGGCGGAGGAGCUACAGAUCUUCGGCCUGGACUGCGAGGACGCCCUGAUAGGGAAACUGGCAGAGCUGUGUGUUCUGUACAGACAGACGGAGGAGGGAAUGGUGAGUGAGCUUAUCGCCUUCUGCACCAGCACAGGGAAAAUGUGCCUUACUGCAGAGAUCCUGAACUCCUUUGAACACGAGAUUCUAAACAAGAAAGUAUCCAAAGCCUGGCACAGUGCCUCCAAGGACAGUGGGCAUGCAGGAGCCAGAGACAUUGUUUCUAUACAAGAGCUGAUUGAAGCGGAGGAAGAAGAGGAGACCCUUUUGAACUCUUAUACCACACCCUCUAAGGGUCCUCAUAAGCGAGCUAGCAGCACCCCAGAAACCCCCCUAACAAAAAGGAGUGUCUCUACACGUAGCCCACAUCAGCUUCUCUCGCCAUCGAGUUUCUCCCCGAGUGCUGCCCCCUCCCAGAAAUACAGCUCCAGAACCAACCGAGGAGAAGUGGUCACCACAUUCGGCUCAGCACAAGGCGUGUCCUGGUCUGGGAGAGGAGGUUCUGGAAGUGUCAGCCUGAAGGUCAUAGCAUGCCCAGAGCCACUCACAGGCAGCUACAAAGCCAUGUUUCAGCAGCUCUCAGAUAUUCGUGAAGUUCUGACCUGUAAGAUAGAAGAGCUUGGCAGCGAACUGAAGGAGCAUUACAAGAUUGAGGCUUUUACUCCUCUUCUAGAACCAGCACAAGAGCCUGUCAUCCUGCUGGGCCAGAUUGGCUGUGACAGCAAUGGCAAGCUGAACAGCAAGUCAGUGAUUCUCGAGGGAGACCGGGAACACUCCUCGGGCACUCAGAUUCCGGUGGAUUUAUCCGACCUCAAGGAAUAUUCUCUCUUUCCUGGACAGGUUGUAAUUAUGGAAGGAUUCAACACCACUGGUAGGAGACUUGCUGCCACGAGGCUCUACGAGGGGGUACCACUUCCGUUCUAUCAGCCCACCGAAGAGGAUGGUGAUUGUGAGCAAACUAUGGUUUUAGUUGCCUGUGGGCCUUAUACCACCUCUGACAGCAUCACAUACGACCCCUUGCUUGAUCUGAUCACCAUCAUCAACCAUGACCGGCCAGAUGUCUGCAUCCUGUUUGGACCCUUCCUGGAUGCUAAACACGAGCAGGUGGAGAACUGUCAGCUGACAAGCCCAUUUGAAGACGUUUUCAAGCAGUGCCUGAGAACAGUUAUCGAGGGAACAAGAAGCUCCGGCUCCCACCUUGUCUUUGUCCCAUCUCUGAGGGACGUGCAUCAUGAACCGGUAUACCCACAGCCACCGUUUACCUUCUCUGAGCUGCCUCGGGAGGACAAAAAGCGGGUGCAGUUUGUGUCCGAGCCCUGCAGCCUCUCCAUAAAUGGAGUGAUGUUUGGCUUGACAUCCACGGACCUGCUGUUCCACAUCGGGGCUGAGGAGAUCUGUAGCUCUUCUGGGACUUCAGACCGAUUCAGCCGAAUCCUCAAGCAUAUCCUGACGCAGAGAAGCUACUACCCACUCUACCCGCCCCACGAGGACAUGGCCAUAGACUACGAGAACUUCUAUACCUAUGCUCAGCUGCUCUUCACCCCUGACGUCUUCAUCGUGCCGUCAGAGCUGCGGUACUUCGUGAAGGACAUCCUUGGCUGUGUCUGUAUAAAUCCUGGGCGACUCACCAAAGGACAGGUGGGUGGCACCUUCGGCCGCCUCUACCUCAGGAGACAGCCCGGGGCCAUGGACAGUAAGGGCAGGCCGGGCCUGAGUGUGGCCGUGCAGGUGGUCAGAAUCUGAGUCUUGAGCCUCAGUCAUGUGGCCUCACCGACACCAGGAGCCCAGUUUUACAACUAAACCGCUGGACUAGCCAGGCAUGGUGGCAGGAUAGCAUACAGCCGUAAUCAUCCUAGCUGGCAGAAGAAGGAUCAAGAGUCUGGGGCCAGCCUCAGCUGCACAAAGCAGAAAGGACCUUCUAAGGGCCUAUGAGUUCUGCUUUAAUGUAUAAGGCUCCAGGGGGCUGGAGUCUGAGUCCUGGACUGUCUCAUAUCUGUGUCAUACACUGAUGCACUUAGCCACCCGAGUAGAGUGGCUUAAGAGUCCUGGGAACCAACCCAGCCCUGUGCCUGGGAGGACAGGAGAGGAGAGGAACGUUGGCAUACCAGGAGCUGAUCUGGUGGGACCUGGGCCUGGGAACGGUGACAUAAUGAUCACUAUUCUAAAUUCAGCCCUGGGAGCCUGGCAGGCAAGGGGGUCAUGCUAUAGAUCCAGCUGGAAGCCGUGGGCAACGUUUGAACCUAAAAGUCACAGGGCAAAGAUCAGUGUUGGAUGGGCAGAUACAAGGUUCUGACUGGGAAACCUCCAAAGAUGUCCAAGAGAACAGACAGACACCAAAGAGGACAGACAUCCAAGGUGGGCUCAGGCCACUGUGUUCAGGCCACUGGCCACCUCUCACAUACCCUGAGUUGUUCUGCUCGAUCUGGAAAUGUCUGGGGCCCUAGAGCGGGCUGCCUUCAGAGGAGGCUGGGCCAAAGCCAGCUCUACAUUCCCAUCCCCACCCUCCUCCAGCCCCAGGCUCCUCUCAGCCCAGAGCCUGCCUGACAGCUGAGGGCCUGCAGCUGCCCUGGAUCAGAGGUCUCAAGAACAGCUGCUGCUUGUGACCCCACUGACCCUGGUUCCUGGACACUUCCCUGGCCAGCCCUGUCUCCACUGCCCACUCCACUCUCCUGAUUAUGCCCGGGGGCUCCAGGGCGUGUCCCAGCACACAACAGGAGCACAGACAGGACAGCAAGGGCGGUCCCCAGCCCUGGUGCUAUUCAGAGGGGGCUUUUCCACCCAGCAGGAGCAGUAUCGGGAAGAAGGCCUCCCCUCUGGCCCACUUCUUGCACUGAGCCUGUUCUGACAUCUCACUUACCAGAGGGGCCAGAGGUGACCUCUCGUAGAACAAGCAGAGAUGGAGAGCAAGAUCAUUCCUGACUCCUAGCAGGUUUCUCCUGAAGCCUGCUGUUCCCAUGAGUGCCUGAGGCCCCCUAGAACAUUUCUAGUAACAGAAGUUGCCUCUAGGGAUAUGUGUCACAGGGCUUGGGGUCACUCCCAUAUCCUGUUCAAACUCAAUAUAUAGCUGAAGCUGGCCUUAACUCCUGGUCCUCCUACGUCCUGAGUGCUGGGAUUACAUAGGUGUUUAUUCAGUGCUGGAGAUCGAACCCAGAGCCUUGCUCAUGCUAGGCAAACACUGCCAAAUGAGCUACGUCACCAGCCUUAAUUUUUCUGUUUGUUUGUUUGUUUUUGUUUUUUGAGACAGGGUUUCUCUGUGUAGCCUUGGCUGUCCUGGAACUCACUCUGUAAACCAGGCUGGCCUUGAACUCACAGAGAUCCGCCAACUCUGCCUCCCUAAUGCUGGAAUUAAAAGCCUGUGCUACCACCACCCGGCUGCUUCUUUUUUUUUUAAGGUUUAUGAUGGGGAGGGGGUUGCAAGGGCAGAGUGCAGAUAUGAAGGGAUGAGGAAAUGAAUGGGAUUGAGAUGCAUGAUGUGAAAGACACAAAGAAUAAAUAAAAAAGAAGUUAUAAAAAUAAAAGAGCCGGGUGGUGGUGGCGAAAGCCUUUAAUCCCAGCACUCAGGAGGCAGAGGCAGGUGGAUCUCUGAGUUCGAGUCCAGCCUGGUCUACAGAGCUAGUCCAGGACAGGUUCCAAAGCUACAGAGA